AUGGGGAGUGUGGCUUCAACACUUGCCAAAUUGCCCUUCGAACCCAUGAUCGAUGUAUACAGCAUCGUGCCCGCAGGAGGAUCGGGAACUCGCCUUUGGCCCCUCAGUCGUGACGCGCGACCCAAAUUCCUCCUCGACCUGGAGGGCACGGGCUUGAGUCUUCUACAGUCCACAUAUCAACGCCUACUGCCCCUCAGUGGCCACGAAAAAGUCAUGAUUGUUACUGGGCGUGCUCAUGUUGAUGCAGUAAAGGCACAGCUGCCCGGGAUUUCCGAUCAUAACAUUGUGGCUGAGCCAAGCCCUAAAGAGAGCAUGGCAGCUAUCGGCUUGGCCGCGAUGCUCUUUCAUGAGAGAGACCCCGAUGCCGUCAUCGCGAGCUUCGCAGCGGACCAUGUCAUUGCCACUACAGACAAUGUCUUCGCUUCUGCUGUUGCGAGUGCCGUAGCAGCUGCUCGGCAAAGCAAUGGUCUUGUCACCAUCGGGAUCGAACCAGACGAGCCGUCCACCGCUUUUGGCUACAUCCAUCUAGGCAAGCCUGAAGAGAUCGAGAGCGAUGCGGAAACUUUCGCCCGCUUCGGGUUGACCCGUAUCUCCGCAUGUCAGGUUCAAAGAUUCAAGGAGAAGCCGCAAGUAGAAGAAGUCAAGGAGUUACUAGCUACCGGUGAAUAUUGCUGGAACGCUGGCAUGUUUGUCACUCGAGCCUCGGUUUUGUUGCAUCUCUUACAGGACACAUGUCCCCUCCUGUUUUCUGGGCUCAAAAAGAUAGCAGCAGACUGGUCCUCUGCGCAUCGGCAAGAGGUGCUUGCAAGUGUCUGGCCUCAUUUGCCCAAGAUCAGUAUCGACCAUGCUAUCGCUGAGCCAGCAGCAACGCAGGGUCAGAUGCUCGUCAUUAAGGCGCUACUCGAAUGGAAGGAUGUAGGAGACUAUGCCGCUUUGUGCGAGAUGGCCGGUCCUCACCUGAAUCCUGGGGAUAAUCAAACUCCUGCUAAGAAGGUCAAGGUCAUGGGAGAAGCCAAAUUGGUGUUUGUGCAAGAUGGAAGCGGGCUUUUCGUUACGUCUUCUGGCCGGCCCAUUGUGGCUCUGGGGAUUGAAGACCUGGUCGUUGUGGAUACCCCGGACGCCCUUCUCAUUACACUGGCUUCACGAUCUCAAGACAUCAAGAGUAUUGUUGGCGUGUGCAAGGAGGCCAUCCCGUACCUCCAGUGA